AUGCUUGAUGGGUCAAGCCCCCAGGCUGGAAAGAUUUGGAAGAAGGCCCACCUAACCUUCCUAUUUGAUGGCAAACGCAUGACAGAAACCUUCCUGAUUUGCAAUACUGGAUCACACGCCGCCAUCCUAGGAAUUAAAUGGUUAGAAAAUCAUAAUCCCAAAAUUGAUUGGAACUCGCGCACCCUAUCAUUCCCUCACACGCCUCCGGAACACAUAGCCAUUGCUGAAGAGGAGGAAGCUGACAAGGCACCCCUUGAAGGAGUACCCUCCAAGUACCAUCAAUAUGCAAAGGUAUUUGGGGAAGAAGAAUUCAAUAAACUUCCCCCUCAUAGACACUACAAUAUUGGUAUCGAACUUACGGAAGAAGGACCCCUGAACUCCCCCCUUUAUAGCAUGACUGAUGCCGAAUCCGCUACACUUAAGGACUGGCUCAGGGACGAGCUCAAGGCUGGGAAAAUCCGACCCAGUAAAUCACCAAUCAGUUCCCUGGUUAUGUUUGUGCCCAAAAAGGAUGGCUCCCGUCGACUCGUAGUAGACUAUCGUUGCCUGAACAACCGGACAAAGAAGAACGUUUACCCGCUACCCCGUCCAGAUGACCUCAUGGCCCAGCUUCGCGGUGCCAAGGUCUUCACCAAGCUAGACCUAAGAUGGGGUUACAAUAACGUCUGUGUUAAAGAAGGUGACGAAUGGAAAACGGCUUUCCACACCAAAUAUGGCCUAUACGAAUCCCUGGUUAUGACCUUUGGCUUGACUAAUGCUCCUGCGGCCUUCCAACACUUCAUGAACGAACUGUUCAAGGAUUUAUUGGAUGUAUGCGUCAUCAUCUACCUUGAUGAUAUCCUAAUCUACUCAAAGGAUGACGCAACCCAUACCCAGCACGCAUCCAAGUGUACAUUCCACGUCACAUCAGUGGAGUAUUUAGGAAUAAUUGUAUCGGAUAAGGGAUUCAGCCUGGAUAAGCUCAAAAUCCAGGCAGUCCAAGAAUGGCCUACGCCCACCAAAGUCAAGGAAAUACAAUUGUUCCUAGGCUUUGCCAAUUUCCUGCGCCGCUUUGUUGCCAAUUUUAGUCACAUAGCCCGGCCACUGCACAACCUGGUGAAGAAAGAUACGCCAUGGAAAUGGGAAACUAGGGAACAGGAAGCCUUCCAAAACUUGAAGGAUGCCAUCACUAGUGCCCCGGUACUCUGCCACGCCGACCCUGCCAAACCAUACUUCCUCAAAACGGAUGCCUCUGGCGCAGCACUGGGCUCCAUACUAAGCCAACACCAAGAGGAUGGUUGCCUACAUCCCCUAGGUUUCUUGUCAGAAUCAUUCAAAGGUGCCAAACAGAACUACGACACCCACAACAAGGAACUCCUUGCAAUCAUCCGCUCCUUUGAAUAUUGGCGAAUCUUCCUGGAAGGAACGGUCCACCCCAUAACGGUAUUCACCAAUCACAGGAACUUAGAGUACUGGAAAGAAUCCCGAACCUUCAACCGUCGUCAUGCAAGGUGGCACCUUUUACUAGCUGGCUACAAUUUCCAAAUAGUCUAUUGCCCUGGCAAGCAGUCCGGCAAACCAGAUGCCCUGUCCCGCCGCGCCGACCACGCCAAUAUUCCGCCUGCCGACCAAACAAUGCUGCCCGACCCCGUCUUUGCUAACGUGGCACUGGUCCUACCAGAAAAAGAGCUACAAAGGCGUAUUGAGUCAAGCCUGGACCAGGACAAGUCCCUGGAAGAGAUUCUCCAAUUCUUACAAAACGAGUCCAAGGCACCACCCUCCAUCAAACGCGCGUUCAAGGAUUAUGAAAUGGAGGCUGGACUGUUGUUUUAUCAGGGACGGAUUGUAGUACCGGACGUAGGGACCUUGAGGACGGAUCUGCUCAAAAUCUUCCACGAUAGUCCGUUGGCGGGCCAUCCAGGCAGACAAAGGACUCUAGAACUAGUAUCCAGAACUUACUACUGGCCCGGCAUCCGUGCAGAUACAUACUGGCACGUUGACUCAUGUGAAACCUGUCAACGGAUUUGGAAACCCAAGUACGCGUUGAUCCCGCCUCAGCCUUUAGAACUCCCAUCACGCCCGUGGCAACAUGUGUCAUACAACAUGAUAGUAGACCUACCCAAAGACGGAAACUGUGAUUCUAUCCUGGUCAUUGUGGAUAGUUUUACUAAGUACGUGAUCCUAGUAGAGUGCUCCAAGAAGCUCAAGGCCCCGGAACUAGCAGACCUAUUCCUACGCCAUGUGUGGAAGCGUUACGGCAUGCCUGAGAAGACAAUAUCAGACCGCGGACGGGUUUUUAAUAACAAAUUCCUGAAGGUGCUGUACCAACGACUGGGGAUUGACCCCCACUUCUCUUCAGCCUACCAUCCUCAAAGCAACGGGCAAACGGAAUGCGUGAACCCCACGGUGGAACACUUUUUACGGGCGUACUCAGGGGUAAACCAGAAAGACUGGGUCAAGUGGCUACCAAUGGCGGAAUUUGCCUACAACAACGCGGUACACAGCUCAACAGGCAAAUCCCCCUUCAAGGCACUUUACGGCUGGGAACCUUCCUUGACUCCAAGUAACGUCCCAACGGAUGUCCCCGAGGCAGAUAAUCUGGCAACCCAAAUGGAAGAACAAUGGCGGGAAAUAGAGGCGGCACUCCGGCAAUCAAAGACACGCAUGGUAGCCGGAGAAGUAGGAGAACCACUCGAGUUCAAAAUUGGAGAAGAAGCCUGGCUAGACGCUAAAAACGUGAAGCUAAAGACCCUGAGUCCAAAGCUAACUGAACAACGCUUAGGCCCCUUCAGAGUAACCGAGAAAAUCUCCAACAGAGCAUACCGCCUGGAACUUCCGCCAACAAUGAGAAUCCACGAUGUGUUCUACGUGGGUCUCCUGUCAAAAGUCAAAAGGGACAAAAAGCGCGACUUUGAGAACCGGCCCCCACCUGUCACUGUGGAUGGGGAGGAAGAAUACGAAGUUGAAGGGAUCACAGACAUGGAGGAAAGGAACGGGAAGUGGUUUUUCAGGGUAAAAUGGAAAGGCUAA